AAGGUGCAAACGCCCAUGCAGCCGCUCAGGGAGAGGAUAGUGGUUAGAGGCGAAGCUGGAUGGAUGGGUAUGGGGAAAGGGGCAAGAGCGGAUGCCCUGCGACUGCUCCAGACCCUCUUCCUCUCCCUCUGCGUCUUCCCAACAGGGAUGUCUCCGUGCAAAAUCAUGAAGUGCAACUCUGAAUUUUUGGCCGCCACCUCGGGGCCUCACCACCUGGGCGCCGAGGAGGCCCCUGAAUUCUGUACCGCUUUGCGCACCUACGCUCACUGCACCCACCGCACAGCCCGGACGUGCCGGGGGGACUUGGCUUACCACUCCGCCGUCCACGGCAUCGAUGACCUCAUGGUCCAACACAACUGCUCCAAAGAGGGCCCCACCGCCCCGCCCCGCCUCCGCCCCCCGCCCCGGGGAGACAGCCAGGAGCGCUCGGACAGCCCGGAGGUCUGCUAUUAUGAGAAGAGUUUCCACAAACACUCCCCCCCUCCCAACUACACCCACUGCGGGCUCUUUGGGGACCCCCACCUGAGGACUUUUUCGGACACUUUCCAGACGUGCAAAGUUCAGGGGGCGUGGCCUCUCAUAGACAAUACCUACCUGAACGUACAGGUCACCAACACCCCUGUUUGGCCCGGAUCCGCGGCAACCGCCACAAGCAAGCUCACAAUCAUCUUCAAGAGUUUCCAUGAAUGCGUGGACCAAAAAGUCUACCAGGCAGAGAUGGACGAGCUCCCAGCGGCAUUCAUUGACGGCUCCCAGAACGGUGGUGACAAGCACGGAGCCAACAGCCUGAAGAUCACUGAGAAGGUAUCGGGUCAACACGUUGAGAUCCAGGCCAAGUACAUCGGAACCACCAUCGUGGUGAGGCAGGUUGGCCGCUACCUCACCUUUGCUGUGCGGAUGCCUGAGGAGGUAGUCAACGCCGUGGAGGACAGAGACAACCAGGGCCUCUACCUCUGUCUGCGGGGCUGUCCACUCAAUGAACAAAUAGAUGUUGAGGCCAUCCGCUCCGCUGUGCAGGCCCCCGAAAGCCAGCCUCGCCCUAAAGGGCGGGCCUUCACUCACGACACGGCUACGGCCAAAUGCCGAGAGAAGCUGCCCGUGGAGGACGUGUACUUCAAAUCCUGCGUCUUUGACCUCUUGACCACGGGGGAUGUCAACUUCACCCUUGCGGCCUACUACGCCUUCGAGGACGUCAAGAUGCUCCAUUCCAACAAAGACAAAUUGCACUUGUACGGACAGCCCAGGAACGCGGCUCCCUCCCGGCGACCCGUUCCACUUUUGCUUCUCCUAGCCGUGCUGGGGUAUUUGAGCCACUUCUCAGCCGUUUCCCUAUAGGCCUUCACCUCGGCAGAGACAACCACAGACAAAAUCGUAGUACUGAUACAAGCUGAGCCAUCUGGGAGCGAAUGGUUGCGUCGCCUCUCUGAGCGAGUUGUGGACCUCCUUGCGGGACAGCAUUUUUCUUCCGUUGUGAAGAGUUUCUGUA